AUGUAUUGGCUUGAUGGACGCGAUCUCGAUUCGAAUGGAAUUCUGCUGCGAGACUUGGCUCAGUACUGGGACAAACCCAGACGCAGAGAAGUGGAGAAUAAGACUAUAAGUGAAAUAGACGUGCUCGCCAGCGGUCUCAAAUCCGCGGUUGCUGCAGAUGAUCACCAGCGAUGGUUGAUCUCUGCCAGCGAGUAUGUUGAUGCCAUUAUUUGGUUUGCGCGGCGACAAGCUCUGUGGAGUUACGAGGAUAAGGGUGUUGGCUUUGGGUCAUGUCAUGAGACGUUCGAGUGGCUGGAUUCCAUUCAUGCCAAGUGGGUUGCGACUCUGAUGCCGCACUUGUAUGCGCUUGCUCGCGAAAGGUACAUCAAAUCCCUACCCACAGAAUCCCUAGGUCCCUCGACACUCUCCAUGUCCCAACAACCUCUAUCCCCCUGCCCACUUGGGUUUUUCACCAAACCCACAUCCAAUGUCGCGUCAACGUCCAAUCCCGGACAUGUUAACUUGGAGACGCCUUCGGCACAUCAACAUCCAGUUGAUUGUGCGGCCUCCAACAAUGAUUCGAGCCGCACUGCUGCGUGCGCUGAUGCUGUUGCAUCGCCGGCUGCGACUCAACAUCCACAUCAACCUCCGCCUCCUCCCAAGUCGAUGCACCCGUCAUCAACACCGUCCAACGUGUCGGCGCCGGCAUCGACUGAUGCGCCACUGUCGUCCAGCGCGUCCACACCAUCCUCUGAUGUGUCAGCAACAUCGAAACGUCGUCGUCGUCGAGGCCGGAAGAAGCGCCGAUCCGAGCGUCAUUCUGCUCCCAUCACUCCCGUGCCAUCCAUUUCCUCUUCCGUCCAUUCUCCAAUCCCCUUUCCCCCCACUUAUUUUAAAUGGAAAUCACCAAAAAAUUUUACAUUUCCGUUUCUUACAUAUGCUGCUGUUGUUGGUGGCAAAACAAUGCAGCCAUGUAUUCCAUUCCCAAUUCUCGCCACCCCCGAUACACAUCCUCAAAGGCCAUUUAAGGAUCUGCUUCAUCUGCACCCACUUACAUUAGAAGAUAUUUUGCAGCAAGACCCACAGGAAAAAGUAGAGUUUUUCCCUCGCUUGGGUUAUUAUUUCGUUGUUAUUCGUUGCCUAGAUUUAAAUAAGUAUCUGGCUGAGAGGGAUCGUGAACCAUUAGGCAAUGGUGGUCAACCUCAAUACGAGGAUAUUCCUAAUGUGACAAAUGCUUAUAUCACCGUCUUUAGAGAAGGGAUUUGUUCGUUCCAUUUUUCGGAUUUAUCGGAACAUGUCAAUAGAGUUAGAAAUAAAAUAUUACACAUGGAUGCCACAAUCAUGACAUCAGACCUUAUCGCCCAUGGCUUGAUGGAUUCCAUUGUUGAUGCUUUCAUUCCUGUCAUCAAGCGCAUGGGCUCUGAGGUGGAAAAUGUCGAUAGGCUUGUCGCCAGAGUGCAAGAUGAGGAUCAAGUGCUUUGUGACUGGAAAACUGCACUUCAACAUGCCGAGGUUACACAACAAGUUGCAACUCCGCCUCGUGAGGCUGAGCCCGAAGCGAUUGAGGUCUUUGAUCUUAACGAGAAAAGGAAGGAGUCACUUUCAACACCACCCACUUCUCAACCUCCUCAUCCCGCUUGGGAUCGUGCAUGGCGGCGUUUAUCCUCAAUAAUGCAAUAUCUGUUUCGCCAUGUCAGCCGUAACCUCACCUCUUUUGGGACCGCUUGUGUGCACAGGAUCAAGAAACUUUGGCAGAGGCUUGUCUCUGCACACAUGACAAAGGGGCGUGCUGUCAAGUUGGCGAGAACAAAGACCCUCACAAGGAUGUCUCAGACUAGGCGGACCGUGACGUUCCUCAUAAAGCUCCUUGCCCCGAAGAUCGAGGCACUUGGGAUACUGAGGAAAAGGCUCAAGGCUGUCGCAGAAUUAGGAGCGCACUUAGAUGACGUCCAAGACCAUCUUUUGACAAUGCAACAGUCUUUGGUGUAUUACGAAAGAGUAUUGACCCACUCUCAGCCAACGUACCUCUUGGGACUUCGAGUGAGCCUCGCUCAGGCUACGAAUCGAGCAGAUGCGACACUCUGGAAGCUUAGUGUUCUCCUGACAGCGGAUUACGGCAUGCAGGUAGUCAUUGGUAUCCUCAGCAUGAAUGUUCAUUCACCCCACAAUCAUCGUCCUAAAGAUGUCCCGUUGGGUGCACCAGUUGGACAUUUCUAUUUAUUUGGGGUUGUGCUCAGUCUAAAUGUUCUGGUGGCAAUUGGGGUGUUGUGUGCCACUUGGUGGUGGUGGAAGCAAGUGAAGCGCAAGAGGGAAUGA